GAUUCUGGCUGGGAAAGGUAAGAAUCUUUGCCUUGCUUUUUGAAAGAUCUGGGAGAGAAAUGUUGAAUGCCUACGGCGAGGGGGCAGGGGCGGGGGAGUUAGGGGCAGGGGGCACUGAUUUAAUUCACACACUGGACGCUUUCUGAAAAGUUUUCCAAACUUUAAAAGAAUCUCCUGGAGCCAUGUGUUUUCAAAAGAACCAGAAAGAUUCCUCCUCUCUUCUGAAAGGCUUGCAGAAAGAAGACUGGUUGCUUUGUGGAUAAGAUUUUGCAUUUGGGGGCAGGUGUCCCUUAAGGAAUUCCCAGGGGCGGGGGUUAGUAUCUUAAAUGCACAGAAUGGAUGAAGGUAAAAAUAUUCAAAGACAUCAGGCAUUGAUCACUAGGCAUUCUCCCUGAAUUUCAAUUUGAAGAAGUAAAAGUCAGUUAAAACUGCGUGUGUCCGUGAGUAUAAUGUUAGGGGCUUAUUCUUUGUAUACAACUUCUGUUUUGUCCCAAAGCUUUCUUUGUCUUUGUAUUUAUCAAUACAAAUCAUCAAUUGUCUACUGAAGAGUCUGGAAACGCGCAUCUGUGUAUCUAGGCAGAUGUAUACUCCUUGUGAAGAAUUGGUGGAGAAUGAGAUGCCUGGAGCCUGGAAAGCCUGAAGAACGCUUUGGUUUAUUACAAGUAAUGACAGACCUGCCCAUGUUCCCAGCGCAUAGACAUACUUACUGUCCCUUAUUAUAGAUUCAGUCAAGGGCUCACUGUGGAAAAAGGGUGCCCUCUGGUUUCUCUCUGGUAGAGGUUUGAUUCAUGUACCUUUGAUUUUAGUAAUAGAGGAAUAUGAUGUUCAACAGGGUAACGUGAUUUAAGAGCUUCAGUGGGUUUAUUGGAUUGUUUUGAGAGAGAGACCUUGCUGCUCUUAUAAGGAACCCCCCCCCCCCCCCCCCCCCCCCCCCGCCGCCAAGCUUCCAAUGUAUGUAGCCAGUGGCCUUUGUAUCACCAUUUUCCCAGGGCAGUGUUGACAAGUGCUGAAAUGCCCUAGUUCUAAGCAUCCUUUAUCUUCAUCACCAAGCCACAGCAUUUCUCCUGGAUGAUGGGUCUGUUUCUUGGACCCCCACAUUUUAAAAAUGCAAGGAUGGCAGCUAUGGGGACCUCCAGAUACUUGCCAUCCUCAGCACGCUGGGCUCCCUUGACCUCAGGGACUUUUCAACUUUAUUUCUUUUGAGAUGCAGAAGCCCUCUCUCUGGAUCCCAUUCUAGAGAAAAGGACUUCUGUUCCCUCUUCCUUUAUGACAAAACCAUCAAGGGAUUUUUACUAGAUGCGGGAUGCUAUCUUAGAACAGAAGUGAGAUGCCUGGGAACAUCCGAGCCUUGUGCCAACAGUUAAAGAAAUCUAACAAGCCAAGAGAAAGAAGGGAACACAUCUUUUCAGAUAAUUGACUUAACACUUAUAAAUUUACUGUAUUAAUUAAAAAGAAGUUCUUAAAACUAUAGAGACUAAAAAAUAGAGGAUGGAUAACUUUUAGCUACAGAAGUAUAGGGAUGAACUUAUAAUAGUGCCCAAAUAUUAUCUCAUUUUUCCUCUCAAAAAGACAAUCUGGGGCUUUAAAAUUUCAAACAGCUUAUCUGUAAAAAAAAAAAAAAAAGUAUCAACCUAUAAAGCCAUUUGAGGAAGAGUGGGAUAUAGACCUUUAACUUAAUUGUUGGGGUGUGUGGUGGGCCAAACCAUCUAUGCUUGAAUGUUUCAAGUACCUUGCUCCUGAAAGUGGGCCAAGAAACAGCAGACUGGCAUCAGCCAGGAGCUUGUUACAGACGGACGACAUCAGAUUCGACAUUUAAUAAGCUCUCUACAUGAUUUAUGUGCCCAUUAGAGCCUGGGGUUCAAACCAAGGUUUUUUUUUUUUUCCUUCUGUGUGACCUUUGUGAGAUUACUUAACCCCUCUGAGCCUCAUUUACAAACUGUUUAUAAACUCAUUUGUAAACUAGUGAGAAGUAAUGCAUGCACGCUGUGCGUGCCACGUCCAUAGUAGGUGGUCUGUAAAUGACAGCGGUGAUGGUGAUGCUGAUGGUGAUGAUAAUUUCAGCAUUGCCAAAAGUACUCACCUCCUAGCACAAGUAGUAAGUGAUCAUGUUUAAAUCAAGAUGACUGGAUUCCCCCUCAGCCAUAAACGUUUGCCUCUCACCCUCAUUCCUAAGAGAAUUAAUAUCAAACAAGGGGGGUUUUAAGCUUCAGAUGGCCCCACACACAUACAAAUAAAGAAUAUUGGGGAAGCAGAAGAAAAUGGACUUUUGCCGGCUUACAGGCUGAAUUCAGCUGCCUCAUGACUUCACAGCUGUUCCUGCCGCCCUAAAGUGUCUGUCCCUUCAGCUCUGUCCCCUCAGCUGGGUCUGCAACGCUGAGUCUGGGAUUUUCUUAUGAAAAUGCCUGAUGGGUGGGAGGAAGAUCUGGAGGUUGGCUGGGGGAAAAAAUGAGUAAUGCAAAGCAGUCUACUUAGUAAAUGCUGCAAGAGAAAUAAAAGUAAAAGCUGGCUUCUGUCUCUGGGGACUCUAGACUGAUUCUGACUUAUCAUGUCCCUGAGCAGAGCUGGGGGAAGCCAAAACUCGAAAUCUGCUGGCAAGGAAGAGAACGAAGGAAAAAAAAAAAAAUGACAGGGAGGGGCAAUCCAGAGGGGGAGGAAAUAAAAAGAGAGAGAGGGAAAGACAAGCGUCAUUUAGGAACAGAGGUAGAGCGAAAGAAAGAACUCCAGGAUUUGAAACCAGCCCUACAGCACAGUAUUUUUAUAUCUUUUCUUUUCCCCAGUGGAGAUUCCUGUCCUGUCAUUUUACUGACAGACAAGCCACUACAGGCUCUUUCCCAGAAGUUGACCGAAGAAACUCAAGCACUGCUGUUUCUUCCCUCCCAAGUCCGGUGUGCCGCCUGGUAAUGGAUUGCUUUUCUCUGAGCCUCAAGAAUCUUCCUCUGAAUUUCUUCGGUAACUGCAAUGCUGCUAGCUACAUCGCUUCUCGGGGACAAAAGAGGAAGACUUAACAUGUCUGAACAGCAGACGAGAGCAUUCACCGAUUUCUCCUGGGAAGCAUUAGAGACAGAUGCUUGACUGAGAGUUUCUGAUAUGUGAUGGAGAGUCCUGAAAGUGUUCGGGUUCAGAUGUUCAGAAAGCUUCCACCCUGGAGAGACCCCCCAGGUCUAGUCUGUGAACCCAGCUAGGAAACACCGCUAGUAAAAAUGACUGAAGAGCCCAUAAAGGAGAUCCUGGGAACCCCAAAGUCUUCCAAGCCAGUGACAAUGGAGAAGAGCCCCAACAGGGAAGUGGUGGUCACCACGGUCCCCUUGGUCAGUGAGAUUCAGUUGACGGCUGCUACAGGGGGUGCCGAGCUCUCCUGUUACCGCUGCAUCAUCCCGUUUGCCGUGGUGGUCCUCAUCGCUGGCAUAGUGGUCACGGCUGUGGCUUACAGCUUCAAUUCCCAUGGCUCCAUCAUCUCUAUCUUGGGUCUGGUCCUUCUGUCAUCUGGACUUUUUUUGUUAGCCUCCAGUGCCUUAUGCUGGAAGGUGAGGCAGAGGAGCAAGAAAGCCAAGAGACGGGAGAGUCAGACGGCUCUUGUGGCAAAUCAGAGAAGCUUAUUUGCUUAGGACCAAAUGGGACCAAAUGGGAUACGUGGCCUGAAAGCCUUCCUUUCACUGUGUCAUCCAAUUCACCCAGAACUAGUGUGGGAGAGAAUGAACAGAGCGUUGGAGCAGACCAGAGGAAUGGGGGUGAAUUGAGGCUGGGAGGGUAGAGGGGGUUCUGUUUUGUGAGGAACCUACUUGUGUUUUCAUUAAUGACAAACUUAACUCUAAGGGCUAUUUCUAAGACUGAAAACUCAGCUUUUUUCUCUACAUUAAACAUUUGAGGGUCAUGGGAGGUGCACGGCAUUAGACAACACUCAUUUCACCUUGGAAAGGAGCCAAGGAAAGAUGAGAAAAUAAUCAGACAGUUCUGGCACACCAGUGACCUGCCUCAAACACACACACACACACACACACACACACACACACACACACACACUUUUGAGGAGUUGUAUCAUAAAAAUGUACUGCCGAGAGUCUAAAUCCCCUCAGACUUUGCAUACUUCUAUGAAAUUCUGUGAUAAUUUUUUUAAAUAAGUACUCUGGCAUCUAUUUUUUUUUGCUUUUAAUAACGCAUCACUGGUGGUACUUUUUCUUGAAGAAUAAACUAAUAUUUUUUAUGUUUUAACAUUGGACAGUUUUAGAUGAUUAAUGAUGUGUCAGAAAUUAAACAAAAAGGUAAAAGGUGUAGCUACUAGAUGACAUGGGGGGUUAAAUUAAUAUUAAAAUAAUCCAACCUA